CGUACAUGGGCGCUGCGAGCUCGUCGCGACUGCUGGCGACGACCGAGGCCGCGCUGGCCGACGGCGCCGAGGUCCUCGACCUCUCGCACGAGCCGCUGCGCGUGCUGCCGCCCACGUUCAUUGCGAUGCUCUCGUAUGGCGUGCAGCUCAAGGAGCUGCGGCUCUCGAGCGCUGGCCUCACGCAGCUGCCCGCGAGCUUUGGCCGUCUCGCCGCCCUCGAGCGUCUCGCGCUGGACCGCAACGCGCUCAAGGAACUGCCCAUCUCGUUCCACGAACUCCGACGGCUCCGCGCGUUGGACGUGAGCUACAACCAGCUGGCGUUGCUUCUGGGCAACUUUUGCGACCUCGUCGAGCUCCAGCAUCUCUGGUUGCACUCGAACAAGCUGACUGCGCUGCCCGACGCCUUUGGGAACCUCCAGGCGCUCACGACGCUCAGCGUGCAGAACAAUGUGCUCGGGCGCCUCCCGUACUCGAUCGUGCGGAUACCAGGGCUCCAAGUUGUCGACGCCAGCGACAACCAUAUCAUGGACCUUCCCGUCGAGUGGGAAACGUGCAUGGCGCUGCGAACGCUUCGGCUCUCGCACAACCUCCUCAACAGCAUCCCGACGGGGCUAUGGGACCUGCUUCAGCUCGAGACGCUGACGCUAUCGCACAACCGACUUGUGGAGCUCCCGCUGCCGACACCGGUCGCCCACCUGCCGAGCCUGACCAACCUCAGUCUGAGCUACAACCGCAUCGACGCCCUUCCAGCAUCGCUGCUGCAGAUGCCCCGCGUCCAAGUGCUCACGUAUACGCAAAACAAACUGGCCACUGUCGACGACAACCUCUUUCGACUGGUCGAUCUCGUCUUCCUCGAUCUCUCGGAGAAUAGCUUGGCGGUCCUGCCGUCCGACGGGUGGCACGCCCUCGCCCGCCUCGUCGAGCUUCAUGUCGCCAACAACCGGCUCACGGCAGUGCCAAGCGGCUUGGAGCUGCUCCCAAAGCUCCAGUUUUUGAAUCUGAGCAACAAUCUACUCCAGACCUCCCUCUAGUUGCCCGACGCGAUGGGCCAACUGACGUCGCUCGAGACUCUGUGGUGUCAGAACAACGAGCUCAAGGGUCUUCCGCCGAGCGUUGACGGAUGGCAGCUGCUGCACACGCUUGCCCUCGAGCACAACCCUAUGACGCGCGUGCCAUUGACGCUCACGUCCUUGCCAGCGCUUUGCCACCUUAGCAUGGACCGCAAGUCGUUUGCGCUGCUGGACCCAGAACUGAUUUCGUUCUGCAACCAACUCCCCGCGUUCGAGAUCCACGGGCUGUAGUAUCAAGGUAUCAACAAUCGAGUUACUCCCGCC